AUGAUUACGUUUAAUCAAUAUACGGAUGAGGUCAAGAAUAACGUCCUAGAUGGCUUGACGAAAGAGUCGAAAUGGGUGACUGUCCUUACUUCAAAUGAGGACAGUGAUGAUGGAGAUUUGGGUGGUAACCCUGUUGGAGUACGCAUUGGUGAUGAUGCUUCUACGAGCACCUCCAAAGAUGCAGUGGGUACCUCAUCCCCUGAGCAUCUUCAUAAGCAUGUUGCUAUGCUCAAGGAAGCGGAAAAAAAAGAAGAUGAAGAAGCAGUAGCUGAUGAAAAAGAAGGAGAACAAAGUGAGAAUAAAGCAGCAACUGCAGAUAUUGAGAAAAAAAGAGAUGACGCUGAAGAUGAAAAGGAAGAACCAGCAGACGAAGAAGAAGGAGAACUGAAAGAAGAAAAAGAAGAAGCAGACCAAAAAGAUGUGGUCAUGAAUAUCGUUGAUAAAAUCAACGUUGUUAGGAUAUGA